AUGAAGUGGGUCGUCGAAUUGUCUCUGGCGGCUGUCACUCGGCGGAGUGGAAAAAUGGCAACUUUGCGGCUCUCUAGCAACUGUCACUCGACUGAGAGGAGCUGGAUGAAGGUGGGGCAUGUGUUAGGGAGCUUCAUCCUCAGGUCCGCACAACAAGAGAAGGCUCUUCAUUGCAUCUAAUAUGCCCCCAAGAGGUGGCGACUCAUCUCCUGGUGGAUCGUCCUCUUCCUAACGACAGCUUGUUCGUCGAUCAAUUGGAGAUGAUUUACUCGAUGAAUUGCAAUCCUUUUAUCACGAAUUGUUCAGCAAUUUUAGUAGCAAUGCUCUGCAAAUCGCAUUGACGAGAUUUUUGCCGAUGAUCCAGUGAUUCUCAUUGCUUAAUCCUUCAGUAGUGAUAUGUAGGAAAGUCGCGAUAAUCAAAUAAAAAUUUAUGAAUUUUGACUUUGGGAGGAUUCAAACUCUCGCCGAUCGCCCACCUGUGAGGAAGGUGUGAUGCGGGUUUAGUCUCACAUCAGUUGUGCACUGAUUUUUCAGGCGAAUAUAUAGUAAUGUUAGCUUUAUAAGUAAAGUCACUACUCUCGCGUGUACGACCACUCCUUGCCCCAUAGUUGGCUGGCCACUAGUGACGUGGAAGAGGAGUGGCGCACACGUGCCCCUAUCGAUCCAAGCCAAGUCACUCAAGCCCUUGCUCGCAGCUACUCCCUGACUACACUUCUGACCUGUUUGCGGGCCUGGCUGGCCGGCAAGUCCCCCUAUUUUGGAAUAUUUUUAUUUCUUGUUCUUCAUUUAUCUCAAAAGUAAGAUUGUAAAAAUCGUAUAAAAUCACAUAAUUACCCAAAAAUUCACAUUAAUCAACGGAAAACCACAAAUCAUACUUUAACACAAAUAUAAGUCUAUUUAUCAUGAGUUAAGGCUAAAACUAUAUUAUUUACUAAUUAUUAAUACAUGAUAAUGAAGACUUAUCAAUUGUGCUUGCCAGCAAUAUGUAUAAUAAAAAAAAUCCUCCAUUAUUGGCUCACCAUUAUUGUAGCGAAUCUGAAAGCUUACGUGCAUAAACUUGUUUAUGGCCCAAAUUAAAAAACUUAACUAUAAAAAUUCUUAAAGCAAUGGUUUCUGAACAUCAACUGGUAAAUUUCAAGAAUAUAUCUCAACAAAGAAAAUGCAUAGCAGAAUAUUUUAAUGGAGCACAAAACACAAGGAGAAGAAUGUGGAAUCAUUUUUCUCCAUUUCAGAGAUAGGCAAGCAACUUCGAUGGAAAAAAUUGCCAACAUGUUCUUUAGUAUUGAUACAUUGAAAGUUGAUCAUAGAAGGGGAGAGAGAUGCAAUGCUAAGAAAUGUUUAGUAGAUAAUUUGGGAGAAGAAAUUAUGAGCACGAAAUUUCAAGAAACUAUUGACUGCUCAAUGUAUGUUCCUUUCUUGUGAACAAUAGUAGAUAUAUAUAUAUUGUGGAAUGCAGAUAUACUAAAGAAAAAUUAGAAUUACUCAAAGUCAAACAGAAUGUUAAAGCUAUGAAAAAUAAGACUGCUUGAUUUUAAAAGCAUGUGGGUUUCAAUUUUCUAUUGUAUUUUGCAUAGUGCUGAAAUAUGAGGUCUAAGAAUUUUGAUUCCCCCCAUGUGAGCAGAAGUCACCCAAGAAUUUUGCAAUGCAGUAAAACAGUAAAAUAGUCACAAACAUUUACACUGAAUCUGAUAAUGAGUUGAAGCCACUUUAGAAAUCAAUAAGAGAUGGCUUCCUUUAUGGGAGACACUUGUAGAUGAGGUGGGCAUUGCAUAGAAGAUCAAUAGAUUGCAUAACGACAAUUGCAUCCAAUUAUGUGGAUUCACCCACCCAAUGAUGUCCUUGAGUUUUGGAAUACUACAUUUUUCUACAACACUGACCACGUGUAUUCCAUGAGAGAAGGAAGAAAAAAUCUUUAAAAUAUUCAAAGUAUGUCUUUCCUAGUGGAUUUUGCAAAUAGUGUACCACAUAAUAACUAUACAAUAUGAAUAAUGUAUCACUUUUCAAUUUUAGGGUUAAUCCUUGAUAAGUCUUCAUUAUCAUGAGUUAAUAAUUAGUAAAUAAUAUAAUUUUAACCUUAACUCAUGAUAAAUAGACUUAUAUUUAUGUUAAAGUUUGAAAAGCGAUUUUUAGUUGAUUAAUGUGAUUUUUUAGGUAAUUAUGUGAUUUUCUACGAAUUUAGAUAAUUUUUAUAAUAGGAGUUUGAGCGACUAAGACUGAUAGGGGUAUGUAUGCACCACUCUUCUUCCACAUCACUAGUGGCAAACCGACUGUGGGGCAAAGAGUGGUCGUACACGCAAGAAAAAGAGACUUACUUCUAAGUGUAAUAUUACUAUAUAUUUGCCUGAAAUUUCGACACACAAGUGAUGUGGGACUAAACUCAUGUCAUACCUCUAAAAAAGCUUUGAUGAUUUUAAUACCUACAAUACCUUUAUUUAUAAUAGCAAUAUACUAUGAUGUCUGCACUUUUAUUUCCCUUUUUUGUAAAUUUUAAAUAUAUUUUAUUUUCAUUUCAUAGUAUAAAAUUCAUAAAAAAUAGUAUUAUUUGAGGAAAAUUCUGAAUAAUUACCAGAUAUUAUACUACAUCCUUGUGAUUGAGUUGGAAAAUUAUUAUUAUUUUUGAAAGUUUUAUUGAAUUAUAAUUAAUAUAUUUUUUCAGAAAUACUUCUAAAUAUCUAAAUAUUUAUAUUUUCUAGUCUUAUAAAUUUUAAAUUUGCAUGAUUUACUAUACAAUGACUAAGUCACGUCAAUCCUCAAUGAUGGUAAAAACUAAUAUUAAUUAAUUUCUAAGUUUUCAAACAUAAAUACUAAUUAAAAGAAAGGAACAAAAUAAAAUAAGAUAAGAAAAAUGAUAAUAUUCUCCUCAAUGUUCAAUAUUCUUCUUUCUCAAUUACUUUCAUAAAUUUGUUUCGCUAAUGUAGCUCUAGAUAGUUAGAAAGAAGGUUUUAAUGGUGAGAUGAUUAAAUCAAGAAUAGAGAAAAAUAAUUUAGUGAUUAUGAAAUGAAAAUAUAUGAAGUGUGAUUGUCAAUAGAAUGACUUCUAAGAGUAAAUGAUGAAAUAAUUUAGAGAAUGUUUGAAAUAAUUAGAACUAAGAUAAAAAAUUAAAUUAAAAUAAUUGGAAUGUAGAAAAACAUUAGUUGUUAAUCAAGAGUAAAUUAAAAUAAUUAAUUUUUCAUAAAAAUUAAUUUUAAAACUAUUACCAGACUUUGUUGUUCAUCACAUAGCAAAGUUCUUUAGAUCUAAGAAAGUUUUAAUUAUCAGAUAAAAUCCAAAUUAAAUUAUAUAACCUUGAAUAAAAAUAUUUUCCUUUCUUGAAGAACAAAAUACUUAGAUUAAUUUAAUUCGAAAAUAAGAUCUCUCUAGUCAAUGCUUGUCACCCAAAGAAUAAAAAGACAUAAAAUAAGAUUAAAAAAAUUAAAACACAUAACCCUAUUGGUCACACACCCCUUGACCUCAUUCCUUGCUCUCCAACCUACUUCCAUUGCCUUUAUGUGCCUCCUGACCUCCUAACUUCCAACCCACCAUCCUCCUUUAUUAUUUUAUUAUUUUAUCAUCAUAAAUUCACAAAUUUCAGAAAAACAUAUUUUUUUUGAAAAUUUCCUUAAAGUUUAAAUAAAAUCCCAAUUAUUAAAUUUCUUUUACAAAACAUCUCAUCUUGGAAAUUCUAAUAUUAAAAUUUUAUAUUUAACCAAUUUAACUCACAAUCACAUUUAACCUUUUAUUUUCAAAUAAAUAUCAAUAAAUCAAUGUAAAUGCAUAAAACUUUGUUUUUCUAAAAAUUUAUAUCAAUAUGUAUUUGUUAAUAAAAUAAACCAUAAACAUAGAUAAAAAUUGACAUCUUAGUUAUAUAAUUGAAAGGAUUAUCAGGCACGUUUAGCUAGCUAACAUAUACUUAGCAACAUAUGCCAAAUUGUGGUGGAGGAUGAGGGUGGACAAGUCAUACUCCCCCUAAAUAACUAGUUCACCUAUGAGUUGAGGGAGCAGUUUUGACCCACCAACAAUUAGUGUAUGGCGAGGAUGUCUCUUCAACAACUUCAUCUAAUGGGGACUAUACAAAAAAAUGUGAAGAGGUUCUCUCUAGUCAUCCUCAACAUCAAAGGUAUGUUAGAAGAGGAUAAGGUAGUCAACAUUGAGGUGCUGACCACCUCUCUUCAACAAUGGUAGAUGUCAAGAGGGGCCUGACGUGACUCAGUCGUUGUAUGUUAAAUCACGCAAAUAUAAAAUUUAUAAAACUAGAAAAUACGAAUUUUCGGAUAUUUAGAAGUAUUUCUAAAUAAAUAUAUCAAUUAUAAUUUAAUAAAAAUUCCAAAAAUAGCGGUAAUUUUCCAGGUCGAUCAUAGGGAUGUAAUAUAAUAUCUGGUAAUUAUUUAGAAUUUUUCUCAAUGAGUACGAUUUUCUUACGAAUUUUAUACUAGGAAAUAAAAAGGAAAUAUAUUUAAAAUUCACGAAAAAAAGGAAAUAAGGGUGCGGACGUCAGGAUGACGUCAGCGCCCGGCGAACGCGAAUCAGGCGGAAAUAGAGUUCCGCCCGGCAAUUCUUACGUAGGCGAUUACAGAUGACUCAAUCAAUCAAAUUAAAAUCUGUAAAAGCCGGAAGAAUCGUAAUUGAACAAAGUAUAGUUUGGUAAAUUAAAAUCAACAAAGUAUCACUAAAUGAAGCAUAAAUUAAAUUGAAAGCAGGAAAACAGAGUUCCGGCGUCGCGACGAUGAUGCGUCGGCGAUGCACCGGAAUCUUGAGCGUUCGGGAGGGUCGUCGUGCAGUGUCCACGGCCUCGAAGGCUCUUCUUGGACAAAGACGACAUGGGCAAUCUCUAGAUCUUCUCGCGAAGUCUAGAGAUCAAUGAAGUGGGUCGUCGAAUCGUCUCCGGCGGCUGUCACCCAGCGGAGCAGAAAAACGGCGACUUUGCGGCUCUCCGGCGGCUGUCACCCGACGGAGGGGAGCUGGAUGGAGGUGGGGCGCAUGUUAGGGAGCUUCAUCCUCAGGUCCGCGCAGCAAGAGGAGGCUCUUCAUCGCAUCUGGUACGCUCUCAGGAGGUGGCGACUGGUCUCCUGGCGGAUCGUCCUCUUCCCGACGACGGCUUGUUCGUCGAUCAAUCGGAGAUGAUUUACUCGAUGGAUUCGCGAUCCUUUUAUCGCGAAUCGUUCAGCAAUUUUAGUAGCAAUGCUCCGCAAAUCGCAUUGACGAGAUUUUCACCGAUGAUCCAGCGAUUCUCGUUGCUUAAUCCUUCACCGGCGAUCUGCAGGAAAGUCGCGAUAAUCAGAUAAAAAUAUAUGAAUUUUGACUCUGGGAGGAUUCGAACCCGCGCCGGUCGCCCCGCCUCUUCUGAGGAAGGUGUGGAUUUAGUCCCACAUCGGUUGUAUGUUGAGUUUUCAGGCGAAUAUAUAGUAAUGUUAGCUUUGUGAGCAAAGUCCCUUCUCUCGCGUGUACGACCACUCCUUGUCGCACAGCCGGUUGGCCACCGGUGACGUGGAAGGGGAGUGGCGUACGCGUGCCUGUCGGUCCCCAAGCCAAGCCGCUCGAGCCCCUGCUCGCGGCUUACUCCCCGACUGUGCUUCCGACCCGCUUGUGGGCACGGCUGGCUGGCAGGUCCCCUCAUUUUUGCAAUAUUUUAUUUUUAUUUCUUGUUCUUCAUUUAUCUCAAAAGUAAGACUGUAAAAGUCGUAUAAAAUCACAUAAUUACCCAAAAAUUCACGUUAAUCAAUUGAAAACCAAAAAUCAUUCUUUAACACAAAUAUAAGUCUAUUUAUCAUGAGUUAAGGCUAAAACUAUACUAUUUACUAAUUAUUAACUCAUGAUAAUGAAGACUUAUCAGGGCCAAAUAGCAAGAGAUCUAAGGAAGGAACUCCAAUGGAAACUGUGGCAAGACCAUGGUACAACAACUAGCAAGGGUCAAGGAGGACCCAAGAUGGCUACAAUAGCCAUGCAAGGGCACAAAGGGGUGCUGCUGUGCAAAGGGCUGCACUUGAGGAAGGACUGCCUAAAGGGAAUUGUCAACAUGAUGACAACACAAGAAGAAGUUGAGUAUACACCAACUCUAAACCCCCUAUAGGUGCUAGGUGUAUAAUGACAACACCAAGACUAGGUGGAUCAACAGAGAUAAGCUGAUCUACAUGGAGAUCACCAUCAAUGAUCAAAUUAUGCUUGCAAUGGUCGAUAGUGGGGUGACCCACAACUUCUGCUCAGAGAGGCAACACAUAUGGGCCUAAUGUUAUCACAAAGAGACAGCCAAAGGAAGGUCAUCAACUCAGUGGUGGCAUGUACCCCGCUUGUUGGUUGGCCAAGUCCCUAUUUUAUCUCCAAAGUAAGGAGGGCAAAGAGGACCCUAUAUUUGCACCCUUGAUGCAAGAUGAAGGGCUUGUAGGAGUGCACACAAUAGAUGCAGUGCUCACCAGAGAGUGGGCUGUGGUGGGGGAGGGAUGUCACAACCCUAACUAGUUGGCUCGAGAUUCUAGUAACAAAAUCUCAACACAUGCCUAAAGAGUAG